CACAAAAAUCUUUACUGUACUUCUACGGCAGUCAUAUGUAAUAUUUUGUGGUGCAGAAUAUUCCGCCAAAGCGUGCUACUGUAUUUCUUGUAUAUAUAUACAUAUAUAUAUAUAAGUUAAUUCGCGGUUUUAUCCAUAUAUCUUUUUCUGUCGCGCAAUCAAAAAGCUCAUUCUUUGAUUCUCGUUAACGUAUUUGCUCAAAUUACCAAGGUGUUGUUGUGAUUGUAUGGUUUCGUGUUCGCAUGAUUCCAGGCUCCUGGAAACUGCUUAUAUUACAUGCUGAUAAUGCCCUUAUUAUGACUUAUACCUUGAUGAUUGCAUGUCGGCAAUAAUUUUGUCCUCGUGCAACAUCAACAGCGCCGAUUGAUCAUCUUGUGAGUCAGUUGGACGGCUUCCCGGAGUAUAUCUUUACGACAUAAUUAUCUCUCCCCUGAUUGUUGUUGCAAAAAUGCUGGACAAGAAAAUCAACGUCGCACCGUUGGACAUGACGACAGUCGACAUUCCUUCUGAUAUACUGAGUGUCAAAUGCAAAGCCGAUCAGCAGCAGCGCAACAGUUAUUCCGCGGCCGACUUCGAGCAUGAUUCCCAGCUGGGCUCAUCCAUCGAGACGAUUAUCAGCGCGGAUGAACGCGUAAAAUACUAUUCUGGACGGAAUUCCCUGGAUGAGGAAUCUGAUCAUCCAUAUCACGACGAGAAGCAACUGCCUCUCAUGAAUCUCGACGACGGUCCCCUCUCAACCGGGGAUCCGGCCGAGCCCGAACCCGAGCCGAAGAAGAAAGCCCAUUGUUGUAAAUCAUCGUUGGGUGUGUUCUUCGGUUUGACAUCGGGUUUCACCAAUUCCUUGGUAGCCCUGCUGGUGAAAUUAAUCGAAACCAUCGGAACCUUUGAGAUUGCGGUAUUUCGCUACGUGGUGAUGAUCGUACCGUUGAUUUUUACGCUGGGCUGUAAGCGGAUGAAUCCGUUUCGCUGGGAAUUGUUGAAGAGCCGCGGCGCCAUGCUGGUCCUGCGGGCCGUCGUCGGUUCGGCGUCCACUUAUUGCAAAUACUUUGCCCUGCACAAACUGCCGCUGGCCGACGCCUCCGUUAUACUGUUUUCCAGUCCGGUGUUUGCGUCGUUGUUGGCGUUGAUCUUCCUGAAAGAGCGCUUCCACUGGUUGCACGGUAUGGCUAUUUUGGUUACGUUGAGCGGGUGCACACUGGUGUCCCGGCCGACGUUCAUUUUCGGUUCGGCCGGUUACAAUCCGGAUCUGGAAUGGGAUGACCACAUGUGGGGCAGUGUGGCGGCGUUGGCUUCAGCCAUCUUCACGGCUUCGGUCUAUGUCACGGUGAGGCAGUUAAAAGAUGUGGACAGCACUAUUGUGUUGUUCUGGACGGCGUUUGUCGGCUUUAUCAUUUCCAUGGUGGCAACGGCGACGCUUGACCACUUCGCAUUCCCUACGGAUAUUUAUGAGAUUUUCUACAUCCUUGGCGUGGGCGUGCUGACGUUAGUCUCACAGGAUGCCCUCAAUCGAGCGCUCAAAUUAGAAUCGGCCGGGUUGAUUUCUUUGCUACGCACCGGGGACAUAGUGUGGUCGUUCAUCUGGCAGAUUGUCUUAUUCCGCGUUAUUCCCCAUUACUUCAGUAUUAUCGGUGCCUUGUUGGUUGUUUUUUGUGUUCUGACAAUCAGUUUAUGGGAUGCCGCCAAGAAGAUGCCGGCUUCCUCCGGCAUGGGCCGGAUAGCUCGCCGUAUCGAUGCGCAGGAACUCUUUCCCUGCUGUCAUCCGCAAUCGAAAACGGUGGCCGUGGUCCACACAGAGAUCAUUCAGAUUCUUCCACCGGCAAAACCAUAAACAUUUAUAAUUAUUAUGUGGUUUGUCACAAACUGCUCAAUUCGACAAAAAUCCGCUUGCAUCAAGCUUGUUUUAUUUUAGCAGAUAUUUCGCUCCGCCUCGCGCGCAUCCAUUCGCAUAAAUUAUGCUUUUAUGUUUUCCUCGUUCAGUUUUUUUUAAAACUUUUUUGUAUUAUAAUGUCACGCGGUUGUUAUUAAUGGUUGACGGCGUUGGUUUAAGUCUGCUGCCGUUUCGUGUAAUUUUUCCGUGCAGUGGUGUGUGCAGUUGCAAUAAAUACCGU